AUGGUGGGCCGAUCGAUCUUCACGAGGUGUAGUUUUGCCCUGGCCACCUUCAGUGCUUGCAUUCAGGCGGAGGUUGUGGAUGUCACGGGCCAGAAUUUCGAGAGUGUGGUGGAUGGAAGUGCAAACGUUCUCCUCGAGUUCUACGCCCCGUGGUGUGGCCACUGCAAGAAGCUAGCGCCGGAGUAUGAGGAACUCGGGAAGCAGUUUAGUAAGGAUGACGGCAUCGUGAUCGCUAAGGUGGACGCGGUGGCCCACAAGGAUACGGCUGUGCCGUUCGACGUCACGGCGUUUCCGACGAUCAAGUGGAUGCCGAAGGGAAAGACCGCCCCGUCGGAUGCGGAGAUGGUAAACGCGCCCCGGUCCGCGGACGGGCUCGGGAAGUGGAUCACCGACAAGACGGGGGUCCAGGCUAGGAAGCCCGCGGAGGCUCCCUCCGCCGUGUUGGACCUAACGCUGGAGACGUUCGAUUCCAUCGUAAUGGACCCGACCAAGCACGCGCUCGUCGAGUUCUACGCUCCGUGGUGCGGGCACUGCAAGUCCCUCGCCCCCGUGUACGAGAAGCUCGGGAAAGUCUUCCAGGCGGAGACGAGCGUCGUCGUGGCAAAGGUAGACGCGGUAGAAGAGAAGGACCUCGGCGGCCGAUUCGGCGUCACCGGGUUCCCGACGCUCAAGUACUUCCCGGCGGGAGACGGCGAGGCAGAGGCUUACGGCGGCGGUCGAGAUCUCAAGUCCUUCGUUGAGUUCCUCAACGACAAGGCGGGAACAUCCCGAACCCCUGACGGAGGCCUCGCGGGGAGCGCCGGUCGCCUCGAGGUCCUCGACGCGGUGCUGGCCUCCCGCUCCGGGCUCGCCGACCCCCUCGCCGGCCUCAAGGCCAGCCUCGAAGAGGCCGCCGCGAAGGCCGGGUACGGCGAGGAAGGAUCCGACGCCGCCGCUUCCGCGGGGCACUACGCGCGCGCGGCCCAGAAGCUGUCCGAGAAGGGCAACGGCUACCUAGCCAAGGAGCUCAAGAGGUUGGAAGGCUUGCUUGGGGGGGGCGGCGGCGGCGGCGGCGCGACAAUCAGCGCUCAGAAACGGACACUGUUCAUGGUCCGGAGUAACAUCUUGCGCGCGUUCAAGGAGUUUGGGUUCGGAGAGGGCGGUGAGGGAGAGACGGGGGUACAGGGAGAACUGUGACGAAACGUUUUGCAGGCGUGAGUGUGUUUGGACGUGGGCGACGUUACCGUGUCGGUUUAGGCGUGUAAGACUCUUUUUUCUCGUGCUCGCGUUGUUUUUUUUCAUACAAAGCCUGAAGUGCAGGUGCGCACGUUGCCUGUAGUCCGGGUGGCUGAGUUGGGCACGCUGCGUGAACCCCCGAAAUAUUUGGUCACGCCCGCUUCGGUGUUGGUAUGUGGGUGGGUUUAUCCAUCAGUCUAGGAGGAAGUGGGCUUUUGUGAUGGAAGUUGUUCGCAACGUCUCUUUGCCAACUUUUUCGCUCGGCGAAUAUCUUGGAGGGCGCUGCCGGAAAAGGCCGGGGACGCGCGGAGUGUCCUUUAGCUUAGUUCUUUACCCUCUGAAACUAUAGCAUACUGGGACUAUCCCAACCUCGUUCAGUAUCGCCGAUAGGAAGUGGGGGCAGAGGAGAGAGAGAAGUCAAGCUACAGAUGGUAGAAGUCCCGCUAGAGAUGGAAGCGCGCUUUCGGUAGGUAUACGAGCUAUCUUGGGCUCGGGGCCGUGACGACCACCCACCACACCCUGCCACGUAGAACGGUCAUUGGGUGAACGCCACGGCGCCGGCCGAGUACGCGUUAGCGUGCAGUCCUUGAUACCACAAUCCUGUCAGUAGUCUAUCGUUGGGUGUUCAACAAGCAGCGAAACAUGAUCAGUGAACAGAGGUUGACGGCCCUUAGGCCAAUAUGCGAACUCUGUAUUUCACUGUCGCCGUCCCGACGUAUGCCCCGGGUUCACUGUAGCGUUCCUUUUUGUUCACAGGCAAGUUCACUGACCACAUUUGCAAGUUUGUAUGUUGUUCAGGGGACAUCAAAAUCGUCCCUUCCGCGACAACUCCUGACCGGAAUGAUCGUCAUUGAUGGCCAGAAUCCAUGGAAGCCUCACGAAGGGGUAAAGCCUUGCCGGGUUGUUUUUUUUGUUAACGUCAAGUGUUUGUGUUCCAGU